AUGCGUAUACUGCAGCAUCCAGAUGGGACUGUCCUGAAGCAGUUGCAGCCACCACCUCGUGGUCCCAGGGAGCAGGAGUUCUACAACAAGGUUUAUGACUCUGACUGUUGCGACAGCAUUCUUCUGGAGCUGCGGGAAUAUCUGCCAAAAUACUUCGGUGUCUGGUCACCACCUACUGCACCAAAUGAUACGUAUCUAAAACUGGAAGAUGUGACCCGUAAGUUUAAUAAGCCUUGCAUAAUGGAUGUGAAAAUCGGUCAGAAAAGUUACGAUCCGUACGCUUCAGCUGAGAAGAUACAGCAGCAGGUCAGCAAGUACCCGCUGAUGGAAGAGAUUGGCUUUUUGGUACUUGGCAUGAGGGUUUACCAUGUCUCUUCUGACAGCUAUGAGACACAGAACCAGCACUAUGGAAGGAGCCUGACAAAGGAAACAGUGAAGGACGGCAUCUCAAAGUUUUUCCACAACGGCUACUGCUUGAGGAAAGAUGCGAUAGCCGCCAGCAUUCAGAAGAUUGAAAAAAUUUUGGAGUGGUUUGAGGGCCAGAAGCAACUCAACUUUUAUGCAAGCUCAUUACUCUUUGUUUAUGAAGGUUCAUGUCAGGCGACAACCGUGCGGUUGAGUGAUGUCACCUUGGCAGAGAAGAGAGGAGUGCCCAAGGGACUGCUAUCAGGUGGAGACAUACUGGAGUAUAAUAAUAAUAUUCGUGUAAUAAAUUCUACAGAGAAUGGAAAAAUCGAGGCCUCUGUAAGUAAAGGCUUGUCCAAAUUUUAUGCACUUCACAAAAAGGCAUACUCUAAGAGGCACCACAGUCAGCUCUCACUGAAAGUCGAAAACUUGGAGGAAGACAACGUGUGGAAAAGCAGCACGUGCAUUACACAGGAGCAUCUGAACGGAAACGUUAUACCCCAACUGGAAAAAGUUUUCUGUCACAUGCCAGCAGAGAUCAAGGAAAGCGCAAACGUAGAAGUCAGAAUGAUUGAUUUUGCUCAUGUGUUUCCCAGCAACACGAAGGAUGAGGGCUACAUUUAUGGUCUGAAGAAUUUAAUCACAGUACUUCAAAAUAUUUUGGAUAACUAAAUUCUUUGCUAUGGUUUUUACUGGGGGCCAAUGAUAAAGAAGAGCAACAACGUGAAGAAUUUCUGCACUUGUAAUGCUGUAUAACUGGGUGUUUAGAAAAUGGACUGAAAACUCUUAACGUGCAGGAUUG